AUUUUGCAGUACUUUGCAAAGUAUUCAUAUUAAUUCCCUAUAUAUUAGUGUUGUUAAUACAUACACAUCUGCGGUCAUCAAUCUCCAUUCAGUACUACGUACUACGUACAGUCUAUCACUUCGCACGUAUAAUUAAGAUAUAUAUUAGUUGUUUUUAAAAACAAUUGACGAGAAUGAUGUUGUUACUACCGGAAAAUGGAAGAAAAUGGUGUCGAAUUGCGCUAGUGCUUGCGCUCUACAUGACAGUUUAUGAAGUAAUUGCUGAGGAUCCUUAUAGAUACUUCGACUGGAGAAUCAGCUAUGGCGAUAUAUAUCCUCUCGGCAUCCGCCAACAGGGGAUUCUGAUAAAUGGGCAAUUCCCAGGUCCUGAUAUUUACAGUGUUACCAAUGACAACCUUAUCAUUAACGUCCAUAAUGACUUGCCUGAACCAUUUCUUCUCACCUGGAAUGGACUCCAACAAAGGAAAAAUUCAUUUGAAGACGGUGUGUAUGGAACAACAUGUCCCAUCCCCCCAGGAAAAAAUUUCACAUACACAAUGCAGGUUAAAGAUCAAAUAGGAAGUUUCUUCUAUUUUCCAUCACUCCAAUUCCAUAAAGCUGCUGGUGGAUUUGGAGGAAUUAGGAUUCUCAGUAGGCCAAGAAUUCCAGUUCCUUUUCCUGAACCUGCUGGAGAUUUCACCGUUCUUAUUGGAGAUUGGUACAAAACUGAUCACAAGGUAUUAAAAACGAUUUUAGAUCGUGGAAAGAGGCUCAAAUUCCCCGAUGGCAUUCAGAUCAAUGGCCUUGGUCGUGAUGGUGCAAAAUUCACUGUUGAACCAGGGAAAACAUACAGGUUAAGAAUAUCCAAUGUGGGACUUCAAAAUUCACUGAACUUCAGAAUUCAGGGACACAAAAUGAAGUUAGUUGAAGUUGAGGGAACUCACACAAUUCAAACUAUAUUGUCUUCUCUGGAUGUACAUGUUGGCCAGUCCUACUCAGUGUUGGUCACUGCAGAUCAGCCUGCUCAAGACUACUACAUAGCUGUUUCUAGUCGCUUCACCACUCAAAUUCUCAAUUCUACAGCCAUUCUUCACUACAGCAACUCGAAAAAACCGGCUUCUCGACCACUCCCUCUAGGGCCGGCGGACAACAUUUCUUGGUCCCUAAAUCAGGCUCGUUCUAUCAGGACUAAUCUUACAGCCAGUGGGCCAAGACCAAACCCUCAAGGCUCCUACCAUUAUGGUCAGAUCAAUGUCACUAGAACAAUAAGACUAGCCAAUCAUGCUGGCUUAGUUGAUAGAAAACAGAGAUAUGCAGUCAAUGGGGUAUCAUUCAUCCCUGCUGAUACGCCACUUAAGCUAGCAGACUACUACAAUAUCAACGGAGUAUUCAAAGUCGGAAGCAUCCCAGAUCGGCCUGCAGGUCGAAAAAUACACCUUGACACGGCAGUUAUGGGAGCAGACUACAGAGCAUUUGUGGAAAUUGUUUUUGAGAACAGAGAGAACAUUAUGCAAAGUUGGCAUCUUGAUGGUUACUCUUUCUUCGUCGUCGGAAUGGAUGAAGGUAGAUGGAGUCCUGCAAGUAAAAAGCAGUACAACCUUAUUGAUGCAGUUUCACGCUGCACCACACAGGUUUAUCCUAGAUCAUGGACUGCAAUAUAUGUGCCCCUGGAUAAUGUAGGAAUGUGGAACCUGAGGACACAAUUCUGGGCAAGACAGUACCUUGGCCAACAAUUAUAUUUGCGAGUUUAUACACCAGUUAAAUCAUUCCGCGAUGAAUAUCCUAUUCCAAAGAAUGCUUUGCACUGUGGCAGGGCAAAGGGUAGAGCCAUAAGAGCAUCAUAGUUCUUUUAAAGGCUAAAGGCACUUGUAAACUGAAGACCAAGAAGAAACACUUACUAAUACUCCUAUUCCAAAGAGGAAAAAAAGAAGAAGAGAAAAGAUGACCCCUUGUCAUCUUUUUAUUGCUGCUAAUCAUUUACCACUUCCAAUUAUUUUUACUAAUCCAACCCCAUUCAUUCCCACUGUAAUUCAUACUAUUAUUUAUUAUUAGGCAUGUACUUAGUUGUAUUGUAUUCUAUGCUAAUUAUGUAUAACAUGUGGUUUAAAGUUCCCCAAUUACUAAUAACAAGUUUCAGAAAGUUUACACAUUCUA